GGGCGAGGCGCCGGGCAUGCGCCGGAGCAAGCCGGGCCGGGGGCGCGCGCUCUGCGGGCCGCAUGUCCGGGCUGCGGGCGCUGCUGGGGCUCGGGUUGCUGGUUGCGGGCUCGCGCCUGCCCCGCUUCAGAGCCCCGGCCGGCGCCUGCCUCGCGGGUCCCCCCUGGUGGGGGCCGCAGCGGCUGAACUCGGGUGGCCGCGGGGACCCAGAGGUCAUGGCGUGCACAGCGGUGAAGUACCUGAGCCAGGAGGAGGCCCAAGCCGUGGACGAGGAGCUCUUUAACGAGUACCAGUUCAGCGUGGACCAACUCAUGGAGCUGGCUGGGCUGAGCUGUGCCACAGCCAUUGCCAAGGCAUAUCCUCCCACGUCCAUGUCCAGGAACCCCCCUACUGUCCUGGUCAUUUGUGGGCCCGGGAAUAAUGGAGGAGAUGGCCUGGUUUGUGCACGACACCUCAAACUCUUUGGCUACCAACCAACCGUCUAUUAUCCCAAAAGGCCUAACAAGCCACUCUUCACUGCACUGGUGACUCAGUGUCAGAAAAUGGACAUCCCUUUCCUUGGUGAAAUGCCCCCAGAGCCCAUGCUGAUUGAUGAACUGUAUGAGCUGGUGGUGGAUGCCAUCUUUGGCUUCAGCUUCAAGGGUGACGUUCGCGAGCCAUUCCGCAGCAUCCUGAGUGUCCUGAAUGGACUCACUGUGCCCAUUGCCAGUAUCGACAUUCCCUCAGGAUGGGAUGUGGAGAAGGGAAGCUCUGGAGGGAUCCAGCCAGACUUGCUCAUCUCCCUGACGGCACCCAAAAAAUCUGCAACCCAGUUUACCGGUCGCUACCACUACCUGGGAGGUCGUUUCGUGCCACCUGCUCUGGAAAAGAAGUACCAGCUGAAUCUGCCGUCCUACCCUGCCACUGACUGUGUCUAUCGCCUGCAGUGAGGGAACGUGGGUGGGCCUUCUUCCCACCAAAGAUUUAGUGCCUCUCCCAGAACUGUGGAAUACUGGGAGUUCUUUCAGCAAUAAAGGUUAAUGGGUGGCAGGAGCCGGAGCAA